AUGUUACGCGCUGAAGAUGUCCCUGGACAGACGCCACUUCAUCUGGCUGUUGAGUACUCAAUGUACACAGGCCAACGUAUCGCCGUUGUCAAAGGACUUAUUGCUCGCAAGUCAUCAGUUACAACAGUUCCAACCGAGAUUGUUUGCGAAAGGUCGGACAGCUUCCCUGCUACAGGAACAUAUGUUAGAUCGCUGAUGGCACUAAUGUCCCUGGCCUUGCCACCCCUUUUCAACAGCGUCGUGGUUUACUGGCUGGUGAAAAAAGCUUUGAUGGCUAUUCAAGACCAAUCUGCACUGUUUCGAUGUCCUGAGGGCCACCUCUGGACGUGCAGCGUUGUUCGUCGAGAAAACGGUUUCAAAGGCACCUCUAAAGACAACAACAUAUCCCAGAUCGCCACGAUACAGAUUGAGAUGCAUGGCUUUAUCGUUCUCAAUCACGCCAGGGAGUUCGCCACCGCGCGUGCUGAGCUGGCUCAAUGGAUUGCCGACGGCAAGCUCAAAAGAGCUGGAAAGACAAACUGA